AUAAACAUAUUCUCUUCACUUAUACUAACCACCUUAUUUUUAUUAACAAUACCCAUCGUAAUAACAAGCCUCAGCACCUAUAAGAACCCCAACUACCCAUCCUACGUAAAAACAGCCAUUUCAUGCGCCUUCAUUACCAGCAUAAUCCCCACAAUAAUAUUUAUUCAUACGGGCCAGGAAAUAAUCAUUUCAAAUUGACACUGAUUGACCAUCCAAACUCUCAAAUUAUCACUCAGCUUUAAAAUAGACUAUUUUUCAAUAAUAUUUGUCCCAGUAGCACUAUUCGUUACAUGAUCUAUUAUAGAAUUCUCAAUAUGAUACAUACACUCAGACCCCAACAUUAAUCAAUUCUUUAAAUAUCUACUCCUGUUUCUUAUUACAAUACUUAUUCUUGUCACUGCAAACAACCUCUUCCAACUAUUUAUUGGCUGAGAAGGCGUCGGAAUUAUAUCAUUCUUACUCAUCGGAUGAUGGCACGGACGAGCAGACGCAAACACAGCAGCCCUACAAGCAAUCCUGUACAACCGCAUCGGCGACAUCGGGUUUAUCCUAGCAAUAGCAUGAUUCCUAGCAAAUCUUAACACCUGAGACCUCCAACAAAUCUUCAUAUUAAACCCAGACAACUCUAACGUACCCCUAAUAGGACUAGUACUAGCCGCAACAGGAAAAUCCGCUCAAUUUGGCCUCCACCCAUGACUCCCCUCUGCAAUAGAAGGCCCAACCCCUGUCUCAGCACUACUCCACUCAAGUACAAUGGUAGUAGCAGGCAUCUUCCUAUUAAUCCGCUUCUACCCACUAACAGAAAACAACAAACUUAUCCAAUCCAUUACACUAUGUCUAGGAGCUAUCACCACCCUAUUUACAGCAAUAUGUGCCCUCACCCAGAAUGACAUCAAAAAAAUCGUCGCCUUCUCCACAUCCAGCCAGCUAGGCCUUAUAAUGGUAACAAUUGGCAUCAACCAACCCUACCUGGCAUUCCUCCAUAUCUGCACCCACGCCUUUUUCAAGGCUAUACUAUUCAUAUGCUCUGGCUCCAUUAUCCACAACCUAAACGACGAACAAGACAUUCGAAAAAUAGGAGGCCUAUUCAAAGCCAUACCAUUUACCACAACAGCCCUCAUUAUUGGUAGCCUCGCGCUAACAGGAAUGCCUUUCCUUACAGGAUUUUAUUCCAAAGACCUAAUCAUCGAAGCCGCCAAUACGUCAUAUACCAACGCCUGAGCCCUAUUAAUAACACUAAUUGCCACCUCAUUCACAGCCAUCUACAGCACCCGAAUCAUUUUCUUCGCACUCCUAGGACAACCCCGAUUUCCCACCUUAAUUAUUAUCAAUGAAAACAACCCCCUUCUAAUUAACUCUAUCAAACGCUUGCUGAUCGGAAGUGUAUUUGCAGGAUUUAUUAUCUCUAAUAGCAUCCCCCCAAUAACAAUUCCCCAAAUAACUAUACCCUACUACCUGAAAACAGCAGCCCUAAUAGUUACAGUCCUAGGCUUUAUCCUAGCCCUAGAAGUCAGCAACAUAACUCAAAACCUAAAAUUCAAAUACCCCUCUAACGCCUUCAAAUUCUCCAACAUGCUAGGAUAUUUCCCUGUAAUCAUACAUCGCCUAGCUUCUUACACAAACUUAACAAUAAGCCAAAAAUUAGCAUCCUCUCUUCUAGACCUAAUCUGACUAGAAAACAUUUUACCAAAAACUACCUCACUUAUCCAAAUGAAGGCAUCCAUCACAGUCACAAACCAAGAAGGCCUAAUCAAACUAUAUUUCCUCUCCUUCCUAAUCACAAUUAUCAUCAGCAUGGUCUUAUUUAAUUUCCACGAGUAA